UACGCCGGCUCUCCCAAGGAGCUCAGUCAAGUCAUCUUAGAGACAUUUCUGCACCUACUAAUCGACGACUCGUUAGUAUUUAAAAGAAUCUCACUGCAAUAAGCGGUUUUGCUACGAGAAUCAAAAAACUUGACGGCGAACCUUCAGUGACGAAGAGAGAACAACAACAGCUGGAAACAAAAAUGCGUUUAAUCCACAACAUGACGACCAUCGCGGAGUGCGCAACCCCGGACUACUCGCUCCCUAACCGGGCUAUUAAAAUAGCCGUGAUCGGUGCAGGCGGAGUGGGCAAAACCGCGCUCGUUGUGCGGUUUCUGACGAGGCGAUUCAUCGGAGACUACGAGAGGAAUUCUGGUAACCUGUAUUCCAGAGAGGUCCAAGUAGACGGCGAGCAAGUCAGCCUCCAGGUUCAAGACACGCCUGGUGCAGAGAUGAACGACAAUGGCGUCGUUCUCCCCAACCACGUUUCGUGCUCCCUGCAGUGGGCCGAUGCCGUGGUGCUGGUGUACUCCGUCACAGACCGCCACAGCUUCGAUCUGGUGCCGCAGCUGCAUCAAUGGGUAUCGCGGUGCGCUAUUAGUGGCGGGGGGCCGCCCGUGGUCCUGCUGGCCAACAAGGCGGACCUGCUGCACCUGCGCCGCGUGGAAUCCCAGGAGGGCCCCCUGCUGGCCGCUGAUCUGGGCUGCGCCUUUUACGAGGUGUCGGCGAGCGAGGACUACGAUCAGGUGCACGGUGCCUUCCACAGACUGUGCUGCCAGCUGGCCAAGCAGCGGCCGGCGCUACCAUCAUCACCGCCCCCCGCACCUGCUGAGAAAAAGCGCCCCAAGUCGCCCAACAUGCUGGACCUGAAAAGGCGCUUUAAGCAGGCGCUCUCCGCCAAAGUCCGUACCGUCACGUCCAUAUGAGACCUUCGUCCUCUUUGGAAUUUUUAUUCUGUUCUUGGAGAAGUUGCUUCUCAAAUCACAUCCAGAGGAGGGUAACUGUGAAGAGCGUGAGAGGCUCUCCUUUUGCCUCUUAAAAGAUGGACGGACGUUCCUCCAGACCGUUCCGCCACAGCUCACGCACGAGGCAGGACACAAGAUGGAGAGGUGUAGCACGGUGGCAGUUCUCACUGAUAGCACUUUAAACACUGUGGGCUCAACAGCCAAAUUUGUUUUUGCUGCUUGUUGGUGAUGGUGGUAUUUAUUUGUUGACAAUUAACACGGUUUGUUUUCACAAUAAAAGGAUGAAGCCCA